CAAAAAAAAAAAAAAAAAAAAAGAAGAUGAUUACCACUAUUGGAGCUAGCUUUUCCAACUUAAUAAUUGUGCUGUGCUAGCUUUUCUAAAGAUUUAUUGCAAGAUCCUGAAUGUGGAGACUGCGGUCUGCGAUAGUAUUUUGCAGGAUCAUUGACUACACUUGAAUGUCCUGGGUGGCAUUUUUUACUUUUCUAUUUUCAGUGGUUGUGCUGGCUGGAAAACCUUGCAUAAACUACAUGCAAGGAAGCUAAACUCUCUUUGAGUUCUUUGCUGAAGCAGUUCUGACAGCCAAAACAGUAGAGAUCCCCACUUCCUUGAAAAGCCAGACAUCUCCGUCUUUCAACAAGUGACUGGAGACUUUGCAGAUUCCCAAAACAAAAGAAGGGCAAGCUUCAAGGACCUUAUAGCUGAAUUGACAAAAUCCCAUGCACAAAAUGUUUGAGUGUCUAAGAGGGAAAUGGUUCAAACUACGAGGUUAGCAGCGUAUUGUAACUAUUUCAAAAAAACAAGCAAAAAUUAAAGACAGCAUACUCUGUUACCCAAUACUCUUCAUUGUGCCAUCCAUAGCAAUUGUUUUGCUUAUCAUUCAAUUUGCAUACUCAGAAGUGUGUUAGCUCGUAAACAAGAUUAGAUGGAAUCUGCCACCUCCAUUUUAUUUGAGAUUGGAAAGUACACUGUAAAGCCAAUAAAACGUCAAGUUAGCUAUUUGUUUCAUCUCAACACCAUCUUCAAUGAUCUUAGGAAAGCAAAAGAAGAACUGGUAUUGAUACAAGCAAUGGUGCAAGAACGAGUCGAGAGAGCCAGAAUGAAUACUGAAGUUACAGAGAAAAAUGUACAUGAGUGGCUGACAAAUGUGAACCAAGUAGUAGCAGACAUGCAUACUUUAGGAAAUAAAAUAGAAGAAAACAAGAAAUUCUGCAAUGACCAGUUUCCUAAUUGGAUUGGGAGAUACAAAUUGAGCAAGGAAGCCACCCAGAUGACAAUGACUAUGAGAAAGCUCCAUCUUGAGGGCAAUUUUACCCAGGUUGCCCACCGUGCUCCAACUCCUGGUAUCGAAAUCUUUUUGUCUAGUGAUUUUGAAAUGUUUGAAUCAAGAAGACUGGCUUUUCAACAAAUUAUGGAGGCAUUAUGCGACAAUAAUAGUUACAGGAUUGGAGUGUAUGGUAUGGGAGGGGUUGGGAAGACAACCUUGGUGAAGGAAGUAUUUAAGAAAGCUAAAGAAUCAAAUCUUUUUAAUGACAUUGUGAUGGCUACUGUGUCCCUGACUCCAGACAUUGGAAGAAUUCAAGGUGAAAUUGCAGACCAAUUAAAUCUGAAACUUGAUGAGGAAAGCAGUUCUGCAAGAGCAAAUCGAAUAUGCUUAAGAAUAAAGAGUGUAGAAAAGAUUCUCAUAAUCUUGGAUGAUGUAUGGAAAGAUGUUAGAGUUGGAAGUUAUUGGAAUUCCAUAUCGUGAUGAUCACAAGGGCUGCAAGAUUCUUCUAACUACACGGAGUGACCAUGUGUGCACUUUAAUGGAUUGUGGAAGGAAGAUUCCCUUGAACUUCUUAUCAGAGAAAGAAUCUUUGGGUUUAAUAAAAAAAUUUGCGUGUAUAGUUGAUGACUAUCCUCCCUUGAAUGAUGUGGUGUUGAAGGUUGUUAAAGAAUGCAAAGGUCUACCUAUUGCAAUUGUUACUGUGGGAAAGGCUCUAGCAAGAAAACCUCUCACUGAAUGGAAGGUAGCACUCAAGCAACUAAAAGAGUCUAGACUUAUGGAUAUAGAAGGUGUUGAUGAAGAAAAAAAUGUUUAUGUAUGCCUUAAGUGGAGUUACAAUCGUUUAAAGCGCAAAACCAGAUUUUGUUUUUUGUUGUGUUCUUUAUUUCCAGAAGAUUAUGACAUUUCUAUUGAAGAGUUAACUAGAUAUGUGAUGGGGCUGGAUGAAUUUGGAACCAUUAACUGUCUUGAAGAAGUAAGGAAUGAAGUGCGCGUGACAAUAAAUAAGCUUAUAGAUUCUUGUUUGUUGUUAGAAAGUAAUCGAGAAACACAUGUGAAAAUGCAUGACAUGGUUCGUGAUGUUGCCUUGUGGAUAGCAUCUGGAGGGGACAAUGAGUUCAAGCUAAGAGUCUGCACUCGUUUAGAGAAGAAUGAAAACUUUGAUAGUAUGACAGCAAUCUCCUUGAUGACUUCAAACACUGAAAAACUUACCAGUAAAUUGUCAUGUCCAAGACUCAAAAGUUUGUUAUUGGGACGGAAUGAAUUAGGCCUCAGCGAAGUUUCUGAGACAUUGUUUGCAGAGAUGAAUGUUCUCAAAGUUUUAAGUCUACGACUAAAAGUCUUGUCACCAGAAUCUUUUGACUCGUUUACAAAUCUUCGAAGCCUAUAUUUGUCUCAUUGCAUUUUUACUAACAUCUAUUCCUUGGGAAAGCUUAAAAGACUAGAGAUUUUGAGCUUGUACCAUUGCCGUAUGGAUGCAUUACCAAAUGAAUUGGGGGAAUUGCAGAAUUUAAGACUGCUAGAUUUGAUGAGGUGUGAGUGUGACCAACAAAAACCGAUUCCGCCAGGUCUAUUACAAAGAUUAUCCUUACUAGAACAACUAUACAUUGUUAAAGACAACUUCAAAGAUUGGGAUGAUGCAAAUAGAUGCAACGUUAACCUAUCAGAGUUGAGUUCACUAUCUCGCUUGAUUGUGCUCUCUUUACACUUGAGCAUGAAACGUAUUCCCGAAGGCUUUGUUUUUCCAGACUUGCAAAGAUAUGACAUAUCUAUUAACAGCUUCUAUGGGUAUCACAUAUUUACUGGUCGUCAAAUUCCAGAAUAUCCAAACUCAAGAAUCUUAAGAAUCAUCAAAUUGGAUGCCUCCUCACCUAAUGCAUUCAAGCUAUUGUUCAGUAAUGUGGAAUAUCUUUUAAUUGAUUCUUGUGGGAUGGAAUACCUCAUUGAUAUAACUGGAGGAAAUCAUGCUGUUAUGUUCUCUAAUUUGGUCAAAUUAUCUCUUCAAAAUUUGAGCUGUUUGAGAACAAUAUGCCAGGGACCCGACCAUCAGUUGACUUUCAGCAAUCUCACAGUAUUAGAAUUGAAUUAUUGCAGGUUAUUGACCAAGCUACUCUCACCUGUCGUUGCUCAAAGUCUAGGAAAGUUGGAAAAUCUAAAACUCUCAAACUGCAAUGCAUUGAAGCAAAUAAUUUCAAAGGAGGACAGAAUGCUAUUGCAUAGUCAAAAUCAACAUAUAUCCCUCCCGAAAUUAAGAUUUCUUGAAAUAGUUGGAUGCAAUCAACUAGAAUAUAUCUUUCCAAUCACAGUAGCUCAAAGCGUUCCACUACUAGAAACGCUUAUAAUGAGGAAACUUCCUAAAUUAAAGCAAGUAUUUGGCCAUGAAGAUGAAGGAGAAGUUGGGGAUGGGAAUGACGUCAUACUAUCUCAGUUGAGAUGGUUAAUCCUUGAGGACAUGCCAGAUUUUGGCAGUUUAUGUCGAGGAACUUGUUCCUCAAUGUGGCCAUCUUUGGAGGCGCUAAAAGUGGUGAACUGCCCUGAGAUGAAGUCAUCAUUUGCUGCUGAUCUGGAAGCUAAUAUCCGAGCUCUAGGAAAGAAAUUAAAAGUAUUGCACGUGGAAAGCGGACUGUGUGACUUAGUUCUACUUCUUUUGACUCAAGGUUUGUUAAAUCUGGAAGAUUUGGGAAUUAAUAACUGUGAAGAAUUAGAAGAGAUGUUUAAGCCUGAAGGAUUUCUUUCCCAAGGAAAUCAUCAAGAACAAUUGUUGCUCUCGAGGUUGACAGUGUCCAGGUGUAAGCGAUUAAGACAGCUCUUCAGUCUUCACACUAACCAUUGCUAAAAGUCUACAGAAAUUGACAUUUCUUAAUAUAGAUAGGUGUGAUGAAUUAGAGCAUUUAAUUACUCAGGAUGAUCAGAUCUUACCAGAGGCUCAUCUCCAGCACACAUGCUUUCCACAACUAGUUGAAGUCAGUGUCAAUGAGUGCAACAAAAUGACGUGUCUCUUCCCUGUGACCAUUGCUGAUGGUCUUCUACGGCUACGACGUGUAGAAAUAAAAGGAGCCUCUCAAUUUGUGGAAGUGUUCGCCCAAAAAGAUGGAAGAGAUGGCCAAAUUCGAAAAGAUGUCAUACUCCCUAAACUGAAGUACUUAAGAUUCACACAACUACCAUGCCUUGUCAACCUUUGCCCAAGGAACUACCAUUUUACACUGCCAUCUUUAUAUCGCUUAGAGUUAGACGUGCUAACUUGUCCAGACAUCACUGGCUGUUUUACCCGAACUUUAGACGAUGUCGUGCAUGUAAAUGGAGAGUGCAGUCCUCCAGAUAGAUGAGAAAGAAGAGCUAACCUGCAAGGCUCACAAUGAUUCACACAACAAGACCCUGAACAACGACAAUGCAAGUUUAUAUAUAAUGAUUGGCCACUGCAGGCUACGUCUGUUCAGGGAACAACGACUGGAGUAAAUUGUUAUCUAAUAAUCUCAAGUGUCAAUAACAACGCUCAUAAUCAUCAUCUAGAGGGCAUGUGAUGCAAGCAUACCGGGUGGUCGAUGCUUGUGGUGGGAUUACUAAGGUGCUACUUGUUUUCAGCUAUCGCUGACGGCCUUUGUUCUUGUUGUGAUGUGCCUCGUAUUUUCUGUUUACUUAGAAGAAUAAUAAGUUUAGUUACAUGAUUGAAACUAUGUUGGGUUUAUUAGUUAUAUGAGAGAGAGAGAGAGAGAUCUAAGGGCCUCCCCCCACCAUCCAGCCUCCCUCCACCAUCAAAUUACCAAAACUACUACUGGUAAUUUUUUUUUUUUUUUAAUUUUAAUUUGGCCGUUAAAUAUGAUUUAGGUUUGAGCGUUUUGGCUAGAUUGGUUUUGAUUAAGGUAUUUGAGUUCCAUUAUUUUGUUUUCAAUAUUUAUGUUUGAUUUGGUUUUGUAAGGGAAAGAUGCAGAGCCAAAAAAAAAACCCUAAAUCUUUGUUCAUAAAUAAAGAACCAGGAGAUGUCGUGCUUGAUGAAUUCAUAGAAAGAGGAGGACAAGAAGCCCAAUGAUCAAUCGUCUAAUAUAAAGUUUAAUGUGUGAAAUUAUUGUUGUCUUUGUGUUUCUAUAUGUCCGAUUUUGGUAAUGUAUUAAUUUAUUUGAUU